AUGGCCGUGUCCUGUGCGAUCUUUUCCUGCAUCAAGUGUGACCAAGCAACUUUUGUUGACGGGUUGCGGGAUGCAGAGGAUUCGACUAUGGAAACCCUCCAGGAGAGCUUCGACAUCAAUGUUUUGGGUGUCCACAGAGUCACAAGGGCCUUUCUUCCUCUGCUACAGCAGGGCAAGCUCAAGAAGGUGGCCAACAUUUCAACCACCUUCGGUUCUCUCACCAUGAUACCCUACCUCCCCUUCUCCCCCUGCCCGGCCUACAAGAUCUCCAAGGCCGCCAUGAACGCCCUCACGGUUCAGUAUGCCCUCGACCACGGCAAGGAGGGCUUCUCCUUCAUGGCUCUCUGCCCCGACUGGAUGAAGACCGAGCUCGGCGGAGGCGACAUGGCAGCCCUGACUCCCGAGCAGGGAGCCAAGAGGAAAUCAAGCAGGUAG